AUGCCCUCCUCCAGCGCGUGGGGUCUCCUCCUGCUGGCAGGCCGGUGCUGCCUGGUGCCCCGCUCCCCACCGGACCCUCAGACCCCGGAUCUGCCCCCCUUCUCGAACAUAGCCCAGAAACUGGACAACUUCUCCUUCAUCCUGACGGCUCCAAUCCAGUUUCUGGAGACGCUCAACUCCACCUUCAAGGUGGACGUUCUCAAAGCCUUACAGAUAUACCUGGACUCCUUCAACCAGCCGGACAGCCAGCUGCAGCUGACCACUGGCAUGAUGUUCAUCGACAGCAGCGUGAGGCACAUGCUGAACUGGUCCAAGGAUGACUGGUAUCCUCACCAAUCCGAGGCCUUUUCCAUCAAUUUCCAGAACCCCGAGGAAUCCAAGAAACAGAUCAACAAUUACUUAGAGAAUGGAACCCAAGGACAAAUUGUGGACUUGAUCAAAGACCUUGACAAAGACACAGUUUUUAUUCUGGUGAAUUACAUUUUCUUUAAUGGACAAUGGGAGGACCCAUUCACAGCUCAGCGCUCGGUGGAAGAAGCGUUCCACGUGGAUGAGGAGACCACCAUCCAAGUGCCCAUGAUCAACCGCCUGGGCAACUUCUCGCUGCACCGGGUGGAGGAGCUGGCCAGCUGGGUGCUGCAACACUACGUGAGCCAGGUCAUCGCCUUCCUGAUCCUGCCGGACGUGGGCAAGAUGCAGCACUUGGAGAAGCAGCUUACUGAGAGUCACCUCUCCACCAUCCUCAAUGCAGUGCACAAGGCUGCGCUGACCAUCGACGAGAACCGGGGCCACCUUUCGGAAGAGAAGAACUGGCUCAGGCAGCCGAGAAUUACAUUCAACAGGCCCUUCUUGGUUAUCAUCAAGGACGAAAGCACCGGGGUGACCCUCUUCAUGGGGAAGAUAAUAAACCCCCUGGAAAAGUAA